AUGAGCGCACGCCUGGCUAGAUGUGACCCUCGUCUGCUGGACUUUGUUACCUGGGCCGUCCUAAAGGGCUGCCGCCUGUUUCAGCGCGUUCAAAUAACACCUUUGGGACUGGUUGCCACAAGCACGAUACCCGCGUAUGAUUUUGUGGCUGUUGUUCCAACCUCUGCGACCCUAAGUCUCCUCAACCUUGCGGAAGAUGGGUCCUUUCCACUCAAAGUUUCACCACAAAAUCACGGCGAGGAGCUGGCGUUUUGGCCCGAUCUUACAUAUGGUUCGUUUGCAUUCAUUGGGUACCUUACCAAGGCCCUGCGGACCGGUAGUCCACGGGGGGUGCGGAGUUAUUUGGACGUGCUACCCUUCGAUCCGGGUAUGGCCAUUGGCAGCGUGGCAGAUGCCGCGCAGACGACGAAGGGUUAUUCAAAGAUGAUAGAGCCGCUCAAGAACGUUUGCAAAUCGCAGGAUGUCGAGUUUAAUGUGACCUUUCGGCAUGCUUAUUGCCUUUUCCGCCGGCAUGCCAUUCCGUUCUGGAGCAACACCGAGGCGGGUAGCGGUGGUCAUCCAGACUUCCAGCACUCGCCGUAUGCUGAGGAGAGCUAUGGGGACAUUUUGGGAAUGGUGCCGGUGCUGGAUUUGGCGUUGCAUUCGCCUGAGCCAAAUGCAUCGAUUGGAUACCCAGAUGCUGACAUGUUGCAGUGGCUAGCGCAGGAAAAAAAGGCGGGUAUUCAAGUGGAUAAAGGCUAUUUUGUGAUGCAGGCCCAGCGUGACAUUCACAAGGGUGAAGUCAUCACCGUGAAUAAGAAUGCCUACUUCAAUUUUGACGAUGCUACAUUUAAGGCGUGGUUUGGCUACCCAAAUGCUUCCCAGCUUCAUCAGAGCGCUGAGACCGUCAGGGUGCCUACAGCGAGCUGUGACGAUGUUCUGGAAGCAGGUAAUCCGGAGCUUCCGGAGAUGUAG